AUGGCGGUGAAUUGGCCAGGCCUGGUGUCCAUAGGAGUGUUUUACAUGAUCGUACUGGGCACAGGUAUCUGGGCAUCCAGGAAGUCUAAACGAGAAGAGAAGAAGUGCACUGGAAAACGCAGUGAAGUGACAAUGGUUGGAGGGCGGAACCUUAACAUCUGGGUCAGCAUCUUUACUAUGACAGCCACUUGGGUGGGAGGAGGUUAUAUUUUGGGAAAUGCUGAAGUGGUCUACGAUCCAACAAAGGGGUUGGUGUGGGCAACCGGACCCAUUGCUUUUGCCAUUAACAUGAUUAUAGGUGCACUCUUCUUUGUCACACCGAUCCGGUCCAAGAACUAUGUCACCCUCAUGGACCCGUUUCAAGAGAAAUAUGGCAACACUGUAGCCGCUGUUCUUUUCAUUCCUGCCCUCAUUGGUGAUAUCUUGUGGAUAGCAUGUAUUCUUGGUGCACUGGGAGGGACAGUAAGUGUGGUCAUGGAUAUCUCGUCUCCACUGGCUGUGAGCAUUUCUGCUUCUGUGGCAAUCCUCUAUACGUUGAUGGGAGGGCUGUACUCCGUGGCCUAUACCGAUGUCAUCCAGCUCAUCCUCAUGCUCCUGGGCUUGUGGCUCUGUGUGCCUUUUAUCUUGACAAGCCCCACCUCAGCUAACAUCACUGUUGCUGCGGUCACCAAGUUGUACCAGGAGCCAUGGCUCGGCACGCUGGAGCUGGAACAAUCGGGUCGAUGGAUAGAUGACGUUCUGCUUAUAACCUUUGGAGGAAUUUGCUACCAGGCUUUCUACCAGAGAGUCCUGUCCACAGCCACAGAUACCCAAGCUAAGAUCACCUGCUAUGUUGGAGCAGUAUUAUGCCCCUUCCUUGGAAUCCCAUCACUUAUCAUUGGGGCAGCAGCAGCAUCUACCAAUUGGAACCAGACGACCUACGGUUCGCCCAGCCCGUUUGAACAGGGCAAAUCUGGUAUGAUCUUGCCAAUCGCCCUUCAGCAUCUUUGCCCCUUCUUCGUCUCACUUGUUGGUAUGGGAGCGCUUGCUGCCUCUGUGAUGUCAUCAGUUGACUCUGCACUUCUGUCUGCUGCAUCUCAACUGAGCCGAAAUAUAUUUAAGAACAUUAUCUACAAACAGGUAACACCUCACACAAGGUUUUUUUUUUUGUGUGUGUAUUUGUGUGUGUGAUCUUGGUGGGUAUUUAAAGUGGGCUAGAGCAUGCCAAUAACUGCU